AUGUUAUUUCUCAAUUUUAGAAAUCAUGCCUUGACGUCCAUUGAAAAAUUACUUUUGGCUCUAAGAUUUUAUGCAACAGGAAAUUUCCUUAUUACAGCUGGAGAUUUUAUGGGAGUUAGCAAGACCACUGCUUCUCUAAUUGUACGUGAUGUCAGUACUGCCAUUGCAAAGCUUAGACCUAUUUUUGUUAAAAUGCCAAUUGAAAGUGAAAUACCUACCAUGCAAAAAAGUUUUUAUAAAAUUGCUAAAUUUCCUAGGACAAUUGGGGCAAUUGAUUGCACUCAUGUAAAAAUUCAAAAUCCUGGUGGACCUAACGCUGAAUACUACAGAAACCGAAAAGGAUACUUUUCAUUGAAUGUACAAACUGUACCAUGUCCUGACUUAAAAAUCAUGGAUGUUGUAGCACGCUGGCCAGGAUCGUGUCACGACUAUACAAUACUCAAGAAAUCAAGGUUUUUUAACAGGUUAAACAGUGGUGAAUGGGGAAACAGUUUGAUAGUAGCUGACAGUGGCUAUGCAAAUUCUCUACGGAUUGUUACACCUUUCAUAAAUCCAAGAAACGACAUUGAAGAACUAUAUAAUGAGUCGAUCAUUAGGACUAGGAAUCCUGUUGAAAGAUCUUAUGGUGUUCUAAAACGGAGAUUUCCAAUAUUAUCUUUUGGGUCACGGUUGAAAUUACAAACUACUCAAGCUGUUAUUGUAGCCUGUUGUGUUUUACAUAACAUAGCUAUUGAUAAUAAAGAUACAGAUCCACCAGCUCUACUAGAUAUAGUUUUACCAGAUAAUGAAAAUAUGAACAUAAUAGAACACCAUAUUGAUGAAGGAAAUGCAAGACAACAAUUAAUAGAUGAAUACUUUUCAUAUCUUUAA